AUGUUUCGGCGGCGGCAAAAGCCAGCCAAAUCCGAAAUCAAUUACAGCAAGGUCGUAAAACUCAACAAGGGUGCAACACAAAGGAGUGAUGAUCUUUGUUGCGUUAUUUCUGGGAACUCAGGAGAUAUUCGGUUAAUCUCAUUUCCUCGGCUUCUUGUGUCAGAAACCCGCACCUUCUUUGAAAGAGGUGAGAUCCAAGCCUUCGACCAAGAAAACCGGGAUGGCAGCCUGGAUCCAAUUUUGAUCAAGUGGAUAGAGUCGGUGUCCUCAUGGCUUCACAGAAUCUUUAUAACCAGACAGCAUCCUCAUAAGCCUACGGAAUCCUCAUACUAUAGCACCAGAGAGAAACCUUAUGAUCGUACCAUCCUCAUAAUCUCAUCCUCACAACUCCUCAGCAUCCUCACAACCCCCCAGCCCUCACAACCCCACAGCAUCCCCACAACCCCCCCAGCAUCCUCACAACCCCCAGCAUCCUCAAACCCCACAGCAAUCCUCACAAACACCCACAGCAUCCUCACAACCCCCAGCAAUCCUCACAACCCCACAGCAUCCUCACAACCCCCACAGCAAUCCUCACAACCCCCACAGCAAUCCUCACAACCCCCAAUGCAUCCUCACAACCCCUCAGCCUCACAACCACGCAUCAGCAAUCCUCACAACCCGCAGCAACCCUUCAGCAUUCUCACAACCACAGCAUCCUCGCAACCCUCAGCAACCCCCGCAGCAUCCUCACAACCCCUCAGCAUCCUCACAACCCCUCAGCAUCCUCACAGCCCACAACAAUCCUCACAACCUCAGAACCCCACAACAAUCCUACAACCUCAGCAAUCCUCACAACCUCAGAACCCCACAGCAAUCAAACCCCCACAGCAUCCUCACAACCCCCCCAGCAUCCUCACAACCCCGCAGAGCCGCAAGAUAAAAGUGAGGUCUCUGUGCCACAUUGUGCGAGCGCCCUCUCCCUUACCCUCUGGCAUCCGUCUCUUCACCCUGACGCCUGCCCUUAUACUGUGGUGUCUGUCCCCCAAACCUGAAGUCAGUUUCCCGUCUCCCCUCGUCCCACGACUUUUGAAAUCUGUCAACCAUGUGUAA